ACACUGACUUAUCGAUACAUCGGCGAUAACAUAUUCGCUUGCGUUGUGAAAAACCAAAGUUGUGAGGUAAAAUGAAACUUGAAUACUUAUUGUUGGUCUGUGCGCUUUUUGGCGCUGCAAUUGCAAAUGAAGCGCCCAAAGUUAAAAUUGGCGUCAAGAAACGCGUCGAGAAUUGCUCGCGAAAGGCGAAAGGAGGCGACAUGAUACACGUGCACUACAAGGGAACGCUAGCAGAUGGCACCGAAUUCGAUAGCAGUCACAAUCGCGGCAAACCGUUCUCAUUCACACUGGGCGCACGGCAAGUGAUCAAGGGCUGGGACCAGGGACUGCUCGGCAUGUGCGAGGGCGAACGCCGCACCCUGACCAUUCCCCCCGAACUGGGCUAUGGCGCCAGUGGAGCGGGUGGUGGCAAAAUCCCGCCCAAUGCUGUGCUCAUCUUCGAUGUGGAAAUGAUGAAAAUCGAUUCACGUGGCUCCGAGGAUUUAUAGAUUGCUGACAGUUGUAAAGCUGCAAUAUGAAAAAUAUAACUGCCAGAUUAGGUUUUCCUCAUUCUUAUUUCUUUUAUUAAAACCUUUGCUUUAGUAAAAAAUCUAAAUAGAAAUGCAACUAAAUCAACCAGAUUAGAGUAAAUUAAUCUUAUAAGAACAUCAUUCCAAAUACAACUUUAAUUGAAACAUG